GAAAAAGUUCCAUUUGGUUGCAAUCAUGGCGGCGUCCGGAGGAAAAGAUACUGUUGUUGUACCAAGAAAUUUUCGAGUAUUGGAGGAGCUGGAAAAAGCUCGGUCAGGCUAUGGUGACGGCACGAUUUCGCUCGGUUUGGAACGUAAUGAUGAUAUGACAAUGAGCCAUUGGCAGGCUAUGAUAUUAGGACCUCCUGGAACAACGUAUGAUAAUAGGAUGUAUUCGCUUCGUAUUCAUGCUGGCGAGAAUUAUCCUCGAGAAGCACCAGCAGUUCGAUUUCUAACGAAAAUCAAUCUUGAAGGCGUGGAUUCCCAAGGAAAAGUCAACACUUCUAAUUUCAUAAAUUGGAACUAUAAUUGUUCUAUUUAUAUGCUACUCGAUCAAAUAAGAAAAAGCAUGAGAAACCCUCGAAAUAAGAAAAGUUCACAGCCGCCUGAUGGUGCGACUUAUUAA